GGAAUAUAAUAUUUACUUGGAUAUACAACUUGACUGACCUGAGUCCCUAGCCAAGCCAAAGGUCUUUAUCCCAGUAAUGUUCUGGGAUGCAGCAAUGCAAAAAUAUUUAAAGAAGACCUCAAGUCCUGAGCCAACUUUGGAAAUGUCUAAGUAACUAACUACUAAACUCAUGAAUCCUUUCCAUUCUCCACCACAUGCUUUGGAGAUAUUAAUUCAACAAACAAAGUUUCAUUCAGUUCAUCUUUUUCUAAGUUCACUUUCCCAAUUUAUCCAAACAAAAGGGUGUAAAAAGAUAGAUCAAAAGAACUUUGUUUCUAAUGGAUCGAGCAGUGUUCGAGGCUGCAGCAUCAGGAAACUUCAACUCUUUUCACCAGGGUCAUAGUGAACAGAAGAUUCUGGACUUAUUAACACCCGAAAGGAGCACCAUUCUCCAUGUUUCUGCUAGAUUCAAUAACAACAAGUUCACAGAACAAGUUCUCAACUUCUGUCCAAGGCUGCUCCUCGAAGAAAACACUGCUGGUGAAACUCCCCUUCAUACAGCAGCCAGAGUUGGGAACCAAGAGAUAGUUAAGCUCCUCAUAAGCAGUGCUGGUGAUGUUGAGAGAGAGCAAAUCGACCUGAGGAGACUGCUCAGAAUGAAAGAUUUGGCUAGGGAAGAUACUGCCUUGCACGUUGGGGUGAGAAAUGGUCACCUUGAGGUGGCCAAGUUGUUGAUUGAUGCAGACCAUGAGUUGCUUGAUGUGCUAAAUGGUGCUAAUGAGUCUCCCCUUUUUCUUGCUGUGGAAGGUGGUUUCCUUGCCAUUGCUAAUUACAUUAUGGAAAAGUGUGGGCUUUCUUCUCCACCCUCUUGCCGGGGCUCUAAUGGCAUGAAUGCUUUGCAUGCAGCUGUGAUUCGGACUCAUCAUGCUAGAUUUUUGGAACAUCACGUGCCAGAUUUAUCUCUCGAGAACUUGCGGCGCCUGAUGAGGAGCUUUCUUUUACACUUGAAAGAAUGUUUUGGAAGAUUACCCCAACAAACUGAAAUAGAGAUAAUAGGAGUACUACUAGAGAGGGAAGAAAGUCAAAAGACUGCUUUAAUAGAAGAACAAGACAACAUAAUCAAAUGGACUCCUCUCCAUUUUGCUGCAUGGUUGGGUCAUCUUGAAGCAACCAAACUUAUUCUUCACCAGAAUUGUAGUUCAGUUGCGUAUCUGAAGGACAAAGAAGGCAUGUCAGCUCUUCACAUAGCUGCCAAAGAAGGCCAUGUUCAAGUAAUGAAAGAAAUCAUUUUUCAUAAACCAGAGGCUUGUGAUUUGGUUGAUAACAGAGGCUGGACACCUCUUCACAUUGCUGUUUUCAGUGGAAAACUUAGUGUUGUCAAGUACAUUCUCAAUACACCCGCUCUCGAGUUCAUGCUAAACGAUGCGGAUAAGGAAGGCAACACUCCGUUGCAUUUAGCCGCCGGCUUACAAUAUAAAAGGAUUAUCAAUGCUCUAGUGAAUGAUUACAGAGUGGACAAGAGGGCUACGAAUCUCAAGUACCUUAAACCCAUUGAUAUAGUUCGAACUAAUGUAAAUAUAGGUGAAUUUUCCAGGUGUUGGUUUGUAAAGAAGUUGGAACAACAAGGUGGCCAAGAGAGUUUGCAAUCAAUCAUCUACAGAGUAGAACAAUGGAAUCUGUUGGUUAAUAGCGUUGACCCCCAUCAUCACCACCUCAUGGAAAAGGCCAUCAAAUCUGAUCGUUUGAAGAAAAUCUCAGACACCCAUUUGCUGGUAGCUGCUCUUAUUGCAACAGUGACAUUCACAGCAGCUUUUACUAUACCUGGAGGGUAUGAAAGCAAUGAUCGUACUGAUAAGGGAUUGGCAGUUUUGUCAGACAAGAUGUUUUUCAAAGUCUUUGUCGUCGCAGAUUCAGUGGCCUUUUAUUGCUCAGCGGCCUCAGUUCUGCUUCAGUUCUUCAGCUCAGUCGAGCAUAACUAUCAUCUUCUCCUGCGGUUUACUAGAAUUGCAGCCACUCUUACCUACAUUUCCAUCUUGGGAAUGGUUAUGGCUUUCACUUCAGGCUUGCGUGUAAUCAUGCCAGACUCCUCGAGUCUAGUGUACUAUACUCUCAUAAUGGGCGGUUGCUGUGUUUUUCUCUUUAUCAUAGGAUGUCUUUAGAUGAUUAAUUGUACAAAAUAUCCACAUCCCAAUUAUUUUUUCUCACACUUACUGUAUAUUUUACCACGACAUUGUCACAAUGGUCACAAAUCCAUUUUGGUGUGUCUUUUGGAGAU